GAUUUUGAAUAACCGUUUAGAGACACCGCGAGGCUCCCGUGGUUUCCAAUACUCACCGACACCUUCGGCACCUUCGUCUCGCCGGAGAGGUAAGCGCUCUCAAAGAAGGUCGUAUCCCGGACAUCCCGGUUCCCGAGCCGCCGAUGCCACGUCAAGUGCAUACGUUGCAUUAGCAACGAAAACUAACAACGAGACUCGCCCGCGUGUAACGUUGUCAAGCUACGGUGUACGAGAUUUAUUUAUAUUUCACUCCAUAAAUUGCCUAUUGUCAGGAUUAUUGUCGGACCGCCACGGAGUGUAAGCGUCAACUAUGCUCGAAACGGAUAAGGAAAACGACAAGACUUGUGAAUCGGACACUCGCACAUCGAAAACGGUCGUCAGCUUCAGCCGCUUGCACAUUUCCGACAAAGUGCUGACGGACGUCGCAGCAUCGAGGAACGUGGCAAGUGCGAAUGACUACGGGAAGGGUAGCUCGGGCGUUUGCUCCACGACAGACACCAGAAACGAGAAUCAACAUGAGGACGUCAAUAGUGCCAAGAAGUCCAGCGAGUUGAUGCCACCACCUAGAGUGCCAGUAGCGUCCAAGUCGGUAGAUUCCACCCAGCCUCAACAGAAGCCCGACAGCGAGGGCAGCGAAGGGGCGAAGGACAGCAAGACUGGAGACGCGCACAAGGAGAAUCAGGGCAAGAAGAGAUGGGUGUUGACAGACUUCGAUAUCGGCCGGCCGUUGGGCAAAGGGAAAUUUGGUAACGUAUACUUGGCUAGGGAGAAAAGGUCGAAGUUUAUAAUAGCUAUGAAGGUGCUGUACAAGUCGCAGAUCGAGAACGCAAACAUCUCGCAUCAAGUACGGAGAGAAAUCGAGAUCCAGACCCACUUGAGGCAUCCAAAUAUUUUGAGGAUGUACGGAUACUUCUACGACGAGAGUCGAAUUUAUUUGAUACUAGAGUACGCGCCGAAAGGCGAGCUUUACAAAGAAUUGAGUGCCCAGCCCGAUAAACGAUUUGACGAAGAAAGGACAGCCAAUUACAUAGCUCAAUUAGCAGACGCAUUGAAGUACUGUCACAGCAAGAGCGUUAUCCAUCGUGACAUCAAGCCUGAGAAUUUACUCCUCGGAAUGAAUGGGGAACUAAAGAUCGCCGACUUCGGAUGGUCGGUGCACGCCCCUUCCUCCCGAAGGGAUACCUUGUGCGGCACCUUGGAUUACUUGCCGCCCGAAAUGGUGUCCGGGAAAACGCACAAUCAUACGGUCGACUUCUGGAGCGUCGGGGUGCUGUGUUACGAAUGCUUGGUUGGCAAACCUCCAUUUUAUGCGGCAAGUAACGAUGAGACUUACGUAAACAUAAAAAGAUUGCGAUACACGUUCCCGAGUUUCGUCAGCGAGGACGCGAGAGAUUUAAUUUCAAAGUUGAUAGUUAUUGAUCCUGAAAAGAGACUGAAUAUGGACGGCGUUCUUAAGCAUCCUUGGAUUGUGAAAAAUCGCAAAAAGGAUAAGGCGUAACGUCUCUAGUUAAUUUUCAACCAUCGCCUGGCAAAUCCAGCCGAGAAAUUGGGCAAUUCAUAUCGACACGUCAUCAUAAUUAUCUAUUUAAAAUAUCCCUUUAUUUAGAUUAAUAUAGAUAGAAUGGUUUUGGGAUAACGAACAGUUUUAGCUUAUACGCUUUGUCUAAGUGAGAGACGACUUAUUUACACGACUCGUGCCAUUUCCAUAUGUAUAUGCUAUUUUUCCACAAAUCUUCACGAUCGACUUAUUAUCGAGAUUUUUCAAAUAGAGUAUAAUAAAGGGCCCCACAUAAGAUUGAUUGUAUUUUAAAAGACAUUUAUUUGUACACAUAAUUAAAGCUACAGUUACACAUAAAAAAAAA